GCCACCGCGAGCCAGCGGCGGCUCGGUGAGGGUGGGUUCCCAGUAGCUGUACCGGCUCCCAGGAGCCAGGGGGGCCCCCUGAGGCCGGCGUGUUUCCCGCGCAGGGAGAAAAGUCUCUCUGAAGUGGAGGUCCUCAGAGCUAGGAUGUGGGACCCAGAGGUGGGGGUGCCCACAGUUGUCGAGAGAGGGUGGUGACCAUAGUGUGUGAGGGGAGAGGGUCUUGGCUGGAGAAGGUGCCCCCUCUACUCGGGCAAUUGUGACAUUUGUGAAAUUCAGAGGGGGGCGGUGUCUGGGGCUUGCGAAGCCCAGAGACUGCAGAGAAAGAGCUCCCUCCCUGGGAGAACGAGAUCACCCCAUACCCACACUCUGCAGCCGAAAGAACCCGGAGGGAACCCCACCGACCUCAGUCCGUCUCUCUGUGUGUCUGUUUCUCUGAGGCCCAACCUCUCCAUCCCUGGAGCCAAGCAACAGGUAACUGCAUCCAGAGGGGCCCAGAAGAGGGAGGAGGCGUUGCCUCCACUGCAGCAACUACACCCAGGAUGCAGAGCAUCAAGUGUGUGGUGGUGGGUGAUGGAGCCGUGGGCAAGACGUGCCUGCUGAUAUGCUACACAACUAACGCCUUCCCCAAGGAGUACAUCCCCACGGUGUUCGACAAUUACAGCGCCCAGAGCGCAGUUGAUGGGCGCACAGUGAACCUGAACCUGUGGGACACGGCGGGCCAGGAGGAGUAUGACCGCCUCCGCACACUCUCCUACCCUCAGACCAACGUCUUUGUCAUCUGUUUCUCCAUCGCCAGUCCGCCCUCCUACGAGAACGUGCGGCACAAGUGGCAUCCAGAGGUGUGCCACCACUGCCCUGAUGUGCCCAUCCUCUUGGUGGGCACCAAGAAGGACCUGAGGGCCCAACCUGACACCUUACGGCGCCUCAAGGAGCAGGGCCAGGCACCCAUCACCCCUCAGCAGGGCCAGGCGCUGGCCAAGCAGAUCCACGCUGUGCGCUACCUCGAGUGCUCCGCCUUGCAGCAGGACGGCGUCAAGGAGGUGUUUGCCGAGGCUGUCCGGGCUGUGCUCAACCCCACACCGAUCAAGCGUGGGCGGUCCUGCAUCCUCUUGUGACCCUGGCGUUCAGCUUAGAGGCUGCCCCUGCCCCCCUACCAGUUGUGCCUUGGUGCCUUAUCUGCCCCUACCUGUGCCUUAAGGACUAAUUCUGGCACCCCUUGCCAGGGGGCUCCCUGAAUCCCAUUUUCUCUGAGUGCCUUUUCUCUUUAAGGAGGCCUACAGGGAAAGGGGCUUUGGGCCUUGCCCCACAGCACUUGGGAAGACCAGGUGUUCUCAUGAGCUCACCUGGGCCAAGGUUGGAUCCCUUCCCAAGAGACCAGGCCAGUGCCCUCUCCUCAUUUUCCCCUACUGACCAGUUCAUCCAGCUUUUCCACACAGGUGUUGCUGCCUAUUGUGGUGCCUCAGGUUAGAGGCUCUCAGCCAUCCUAACAUCUGCCUUCGCUGCUCUUGGAAUUGCCCCCUCCCCCCAAGAUGCUCUCUCCCUUCGCUAAGGAAGGAGCCACAGAAUCCUGAGAAGAUGAAUGUGCCCUAAUCUGCCCCCAUGUGCCUUGGUCUUAUGCAUCUGCUGACUGACUCGGCCCCUGUGCUCCUGGAGGCCUUUCCUUCUAUCAGCAUCAAUAAAACCUCCUGUCUCCAGUGGCCCUGGCUCCUCCUGUGUGCUAGGCAAUGGGGGUUGGGCAGGGCUGGGCAUGGGCUAGGGCUCC